AAGUGACCAGCACCAUGGCAACUGCACAGUCAGCCUUAACAUUUGCAGUGUGCAUCCUGAUGAUAACAGAGUUGAUACUUGCCAAGAAGGACUACUAUGACAUACUGGGAGUGCGGAAAGAUGCCAACGAGCGUCAGAUAAAGAAGGCUUUUCACAAGCUGGCAAUGAAGUAUCACCCAGACAAGAACAAGAGGCCAGAUGCUGAGACAAAGUUCAGAGAAAUUGCUGAGGGUAAGUAUAAUAGGAAAUUCCAGUUGAACAAAAGAGAAGUCAAUCAAAAGUAAUUUUGGUUUAUUACAAGUUGCAACAGGGAGACACCUCCAGAGCAGAAGCAGACAAAAUGUCUAACUGGCCUUCUCUGAGCAGGCCCUUAUAUCCUAAUCAGAGUGCACAACAUGUUCUGUAAACACCAGCCUCUUGGAGACAUGUCCUUACAGUGAGGGGAAAAAAGUAUUUGAUCCCCCGCUGAUUUUGUACGUUUGCCCACUGACAAAGAAAUGAUCAGUCUAUAAUUUUAAUGGUAGGUUUAUUUGAACAGUGAGAGACAGAAUAACAACAACAAAAUCCAGAAAAACACAUGUCAAAAAUGUUAUAAAUUGAUUUGCAUUUUAAUGAGGGAAAUAAGUAGUUGACCCCCUCUCAAUCAAAAAGAUUUCUGGCUCCCAGGUGUCUUUUAUACAGGUAACGAGCUGAGAUUAGGAGCACACUCUUAAAGGAAGUGCUCCUAAUCUCAGCUUGUUACCUGUAUAAAAGACAACAGUCCACAGAAGCAAGUCAAUCAAUCAGAUUCUAAACUCUCCACCAUGGCCAAGACCAAAGAGCUCUCCAAGGAUGUCAGGGACAAGAUUGUAGACCUACACAAGGCUGGAAUGGGCUACAAGACCAUCGCCAAGCAGCUUGGUGAGAAGGUGACAACAGUUGGUGCGAUUAUUCGCAAAUGGAAGAAACACAAAAUAACUGUCAAUCUCCCUCGGCCUGGGGCUCCAUGCAAGAUCUCACCUCGUGGAGUUGCAAUGAUCAUGAGAACGGUGAGGAAUCAGCCCAGAACUACACGGGAGGAUCUUGUCAAUGAUCUCAAGGCAGCUGGGACCAUAGUCACCAAGAAAACAAUUGGUAACACACAACGCCGUGAAGGACUGAAAUCCUGCAGCGCCUGCAAGGUCCCCCUGCUCAAGAAAGCACAUAUACAGGGCCAUCUGAAGUUUGCCAAUGAACAUCUGAAUGAUUCAGAGGAACAUCUGAAUGAUUCAGAGGAGAACUGGGUGAAAGUGUUGUGGUCAGAUGAGACCAAAAUCGAGCUCUUUGGCAUCAACUCAACUCGCCAUGUUUGGAGGAGGAGGAAUGCUGCCUAUGACCCCAAGAACACCAUCCCCACCGUCAAACAUGGAGGUGGAAACAUUAUGCUUUGGGGGUGUUUUUCUGCUAAGGGGACAGGACAACUUCACUGCAUCAAAGGGACGAUGGACGGGGCCAUGUACCGUCAAAUCUUGGGUGAGACCCUCCUUCCCUCAGCCAGGGCAUUAAAAAUGGGUCGUGGAUGGGUAUUCCAACAUGACAAUGACCCAAAACACAUGGCCAAGGCAACAAAGGAGUGGCUCAAGAAGAAGCACAUUAAGGUCCUGGAGUGGCCUAGCCAGUCUCCAGACCUUAAUCCCAUAGAAAAACUGUGGAGGGAGCUGAAGGUUCGAGUUGCCAAACGUCAGCCUCGAAACCUUAAUGACUUGGAGAAGAUCUGCAAAGAGGAGUGGAACAAAAUCCCUCCUGAGAUGUGUGCAAACCUGGUGGCCAACUACAAGAAACGUCUGACCUCUGUGAUUGCCAACAAGGGUUUUGCCACCAAGUACUAAGUCAUGUUUUGCAGAGGGGUCAAAUACUUAUUUCCCUCAUUUAAAAUGCAAAUCAAUUUAUAACAUUGUUGACAUGUGUUUUUCUGGAUUGUUUUGUUGUUAUUCUGUCUCUCACUGUUCAAAUAAACCUACCAUUCAAAUGAUAGACUGGUCAUGUCUUUGUCAGUGGGCAAACGUACAAAAUCAGCAGGGGAUCAAAUACUUUUUUCCCUCACUGUAUAUCCUAAUCAGAGAGCACAACAUGUUCUGUAAACACCAGCCCGAGAUGCUUGUAGGAAGUCAAAACAAACAGGCAGUGACUUUGUCAGCUGCUACAGAAUCACACAGUGUUCACAGAAUGUCAUCAAUACAACCGCGAAUAAUCAGUAUCCUCGUACCUCCAGUCUGGAGUCAAUCACUAUCAACAGAUAUGAGAGUAAUCCAUAACAACAUUCAGCUUCAAGUCUUGUGACCAUCAACCCGCACCUUGCGGGUAACACUGGAAAUGAUGUGCAUUAAAGAAACUCCAAAAUAUGCUAAACAUUGUGUUGAUCACUCUAAACUAAAUAUGAACUUUGGUCAUCUUAAAUAUUCCCAUUUAUAGUAAGGUUAUUACUUCUUUACUCUUUAGUGUAUUUUAUUUAUGUAAAAAUGUCCAUCUUCACACAUUCCUUCCAGCGUGUUUAUUUUAUUGUGUUGUAGCUGAAUUACCUCACUGUUGCGCAAAACUAGUGUUUUUAACACUGUACUGCUAAUAGAAUCAUUGCUAUGAUCUGAAACCUUUUCUUGCACUUGUCAUCUGCAGCAUAUGAAACAUUAUCAGACGAGAAGAGGAGACAGGAGUACGACCAGUUUGGUCACGGCACAUUCUAUAAUGACGGAACCAAAGACCAAAACGGUCCAAACAUCCACCAGCCCUUCAACUUCAACGACGUGUUCAAGGACUUUGAUAUUUACAGCCAGAACCGGCACACACAUCACCAAAGGCACUUCGAGGACCACUUCCGGACCCACCAGGAGGCCCACCACAACAGACACAAGAGACACUUCCAGGGGGCCUUUGGAGCAGCAGGUGGUGGUGGCUUUGAUGACAUGUUUGACGACAUGGAGAAGAUGUUUACCUUUGACAGGGACACUACUAAGCGGACGGAGAGCACAUUUCAGGGUACUACAACGAAGCAACACUGCAGAACAGUGACACAGCGCAGAGGGGAACAUGGUCACCACGUACACUGACUGCUCUGGCUCCUGAGGACAGAGGUCUUGUCGGUAUCCAGGUACCCUGGGUCGUGUUCAUCAGGCACGAAACGGAAAAAAGCAGCCUGAAAUGGGGGAGGUACUAUCUGA